AUGCCGCCUCACAUUCGCCAGCGCCUGGAAGAGGAGACGGAGCGCUUUCACCACCCUCACUCGGUCGACGAAGACCUCGCCGCGGCUUCCAAGCGCCACGACGCCCUCCUCCACUCGAAAGCUGAGCACGCACACGAGCAAGUCGAGCACGCUAAGCAGGUUGCUGCGACGCACACUUCGGACCCGUCGCACAGUGUCCCGACGAAGGCGACGCACAACCCGGAUGACAUCGUCAAGGUCAAGGAACAGAGCGUUCAGGAGAAGCGGCGGCACGUCGAGCAGCAACGAGCAGAGUUGGGCGACCUGGAAGCGCGCUUGAGACGGGCAGACCAGAUUGAGCAGUCGUUGCGGGCGAAGCUGGGUACAAGGGCGUGA